AUGGCACGCGCAGCCGUGCUUCCACCCUCCCCCGCCAAGCGGGGAACACGUACAGCGCCUCGGUCAACUUUGACCAAGACCACAGCGAGCUCUCAGGCCAAAGCAGUAUCAGCUCCUAAGCGCGUGACCAAGACCACGACAGCGCGAAAAAACACACGGGCGACUCAGGAAUCAGACUCAGAUGAUACAGAGGAUGAGCUUGGCAUGAUGAUGCAAGGACCAGAGAUGAAAUCAGCUCGACCACGUGGACGCCCGCCAGCGCGUCCCUCAAGCAGAACCGCAGCCACCGCGUCCUCGGCAGCGAAGACCAUCACCAGACCGAACAAAGCAACGCCGGCGCCCACUGCGACGGCAACAUCUGCUCGCACUGUCAGAACCAGCGGAGCGACACAACCAACAGAACCUAUCAAGAAACGGGUUGGAAGACCAAAGAAAAGCACCUCCACCACCACGACCACGACCAGCACGACAGCUGCUACACCCGCAAUACCACCGAAACCCCGUGGACGGCCCAAAGGGUCAACAACGGCAAAAGCGCCGGUCGCUACUCGCCGAAAUGAUCGGGCGGCAGCCGAGACUGAAUCAGUUGCCAAUCCUUCGGCCAAACAGAUUCGCGUCAACACGAAAUCCACAACAAUGAGAUCGAAUCUUCUUCGCGGUCCUGCAAAGAAGAAGACGGUCACUUUCCGGGAGCCCAACGGGGCAGAGGAGGAUCAACUUGAGGAAGACAAUCUGUCAUCUCCCUCUGAUUCGGAAUCAUCAAGUCAGAGCCCGCAUUACACUGGACUGAGGGCAACACCUAUGCGCAAAUCAGCUGCAACUACGACACGUGGGCGGAAAGGUUCCACUGCCAAAAAACGCGCAGGAAAGCCUUUGUCACCGAAGAAAGACAAUCAAAUCACCAAAUCGCUUGCAUCGUAUGUCAGCUCAGAUGGGGAGGAAGACGAGCUGCUGUCGAGCAAGUACAAUCCGAGCAGUCCUCUUAAAUUGGUUGUUGAUUCGCCAUCCAAGGAAGGGCCGGGGGUCGUGGGACUGAGCUCCCCUGUGCGAAGAGUCAACUUCACGCCUCAAAAGCCGUCGAGCGCAUUCGAUGAGAACGGAGAGCCCAAAUGUUCGACGCCGAAGAAUUCGGGCACCGGUUUAAGUUCCCCUGUGAGAAGAAUCAAUUUUACUCCCAGCACAGCUCGUCCUGCUGUGUUCGACAGCGACUUUCAAUCAUCGACCCUCGGCAAACCUGUUGACUUCAGUGACUCGGUCUUUAUGUCGAGUCCCGCAAAGCGGCCGGAAGCAUCACCUUUCCAAUUCUCCCUUCGAGAUACUCCCAAUCGUGGCUUGCUUUUCCGACAAGAAUCGCAAUCUAAUGCGGAAUCACCCGCACGCGAACGGGAAGCGUCUCCGUUGAAAAGAUCACCUAGAAAGGCGAACUUGGGCGCGUCUUUCUCGGAAAUGACCGCACGUGAUUCAGUGUUGUCAUCAGCUAAAAAAUCUCUAAUUCAAAGUCCGCCAAAGCGAAUCCCCUCCCCAUUCAAGAUUUCUGUCCAAUCUUUACGGGCGGUAGAAAGAACUAGCUCUACUGAGGUGGACGACGACAUCAUUCACCUUCCUAGCCCUCGACCAGAAACAAAUACAGCUACUUCCGAGAAUGGCGAGUUUGGUCGGCGAUCAGCUACUGAUGACGUCCAGAUCGUUGAGGAUGUCGCCCGUGACAUCUUUGGCAUAGAGCUGCGUUGUUACGGCAGAAGUUCUUCGUUCUCACCGCUACCCCGGAGACUGUUCGCGUUGGAAGAAGCCCUGGAACCUACCGCAAUAGAGGUGCCUGUGGAAGGGGACGAAGAAGUGGAGCGCGACACCGAUGCAGUUGAUGUUGAAGACCAGAUCCAAGAGCUCCGUGACGAGAUUCAGCGCGAGCCUGAUGAUUUUGGGACUGUGUGCCUCAAUACCAUGGAAGAUCUCCACGUUGCCUUCGAGAAUCUCCCCGACGAUCAAGGGUUGGGAGGGCAUUCGGAAACGGAACAAGACUUUGACGCAGUCGAGGAGAUUCUUUCGGACGAGGAAUAUGGAGAAGUGAGAGAAUCAUCGAUAGCAGCCGAGAGAGUCAUCGAAGAGGACCAGGCGGUGUUCGCCCACGAAGAUUAUCCAGAGGAGUCAGUUCUCGUAUUACAAGAUUCCGAGGAUAUACCCAGCAAAGAUAUUGGUAUUCCUUUUACGAAUGGGGCAGAAGAAUCGGUUGUUCCCACUCCCCAAUCGAAGGUAAAAGAGGAAGUCAACCGCGACAUGAUGGCGGAGGGUGCAGAUGAAGAUCUGGAUCAAGCCAGACCACAGUCUACCGAAACUGAAUCGUGUCUUUCACCUUCCGGAGCCACUGCCAUGAUAGCCGGCGAGGCCGUCGCGAGCCACUCUUCUUCGUUAUCUUCGAGGAUUAGUGGAACACCGGGCUCAGUGUCCGGGACCCACAGCAUGGGGUGUGGUUCACCAUGCGAGGAUGCGGUCGCGCAGCCAGAGAGUCCCAUUCUUGAUGGGUUUGCCGAAUCAGGGAUCAACCUUGAUGACAGCACCGUGAAUAUCACAGAGACCGAAAGUGAUUCACCCGUGCCUUCUGGAGGCUGUCAGAGUCCCUGUUUCAAUGGAAAACGCCAGUCACUUGACAAUCUUGGUGUUGGGUUCACGCCGUUAGCUCGGAAGCUUGACAACUGGGAGUCCAGCGCUUCAUCAGCUAUCAAGCCCAUCAAGUCUCGUCGACGUGGAAUCUUCUCUCUCGCUGGAUACUCAGGAAAGACUAUCGAGGGAUCUCCUCCGGUCGAAGACAUCUCAUAUCCUGACAUUUCAAAAGCGGCCGCGGAGACUGCGUCACCUUUGCUUCCGCACUCAACCCAUCAAACUGAUGUCAACGACAAGUCCCCGAUUCCCAAUUCACCCCGAACACCUCCCUCCGCUACCACCCAACGGAGUCAAUCUAUCAUGUACUCACCUAUUCGACUGGACAUAUUUGAGGAUAGUGAAGUAUCGGAUGCCGACUGCCCUAACAUGGACCACGAGCAUUUGGGAGACAUCUCAAAGCACGGUGGCAUCGCCGAAGCUUCUCAGCACAGCUCAUUUGGCGAUGAUGACGAUAAAGAAAACUUCGCCUCGCCCCUCAAUCUCCCUGCGACCCCACUUCACCGAGGGAUCGAUCAGCUACGAACUGUCCACACAGUGUGCAAGGUCCCGUUGAAGGGGGAAGGCGAGGUUUCGCCCUUGAAGCUGCCCCGAAAGCGUGGUCAUUCGCUCGAAAGCAGAUCUCCAGUCCGAUCCUCGCCUCGUCUCCGCAAGCCGGUGAAACUCUUCAGCAAUGAUCCAGUAUCUAUGUUUUCCCCUCGCAAGGAAGCUCGCGUACCGCUAAGCCCGAGUCCCAAGCGCCGAUGCAGCGUCCCGCGGCGCUCCGAUGGAGCUGAGUCGGUGAUUCAAGUACCUCAGUCUCCUUCCGUCGCUUCCACUGCCGGAAGGACUCCCCGCAGAAAGAGUAUUCCUGGGGGACAAGCACUACAAGGUGCCGUGGUGUACGUCGAUGUACACACGACUGAAGGAGAAGAUGCGUCAGGAAUAUUUGUGGAGCUUCUGCAGCAAAUGGGUGCUCGAUGCUUCCGAUCAUGGUCUUGGAAUCCUCGCAGCAGCUUAUCGCCCGUGGAUGGCGAGGAGCCCAAAGAAUCCAAGGUCGGUAUCACCCACGUCGUUUACAAGGACGGUGGCCUGCGUACACUCGAAAAAGUCAAGUAUGCAGGCGGCUUGGUCAAGUGUGUCGGUGUUGGCUGGGUUCUCGACUGUGAGAGGGAGAACAAGUGGCUAGAUGAGGCGCCAUACAUGGUCGACAGCUCGAUUGUGCCUCGGGGUGGUGCCAAACGUCGCAAGAGUAUGGAGCCACGCGCUCUAAGUAACGUCAACGGCACUCUUGUGAGGAUCGCUGAACCGUCGACGCCCUCUGCCAGUGGACGUCGUUGCGGUGCCGACCAAGGCGCGGUGGACGGUUUCCGAAAGAUCACUCCGCCAACGCCCUUGGCUGGAGUUCCUUCGACACCUACGCAGAAAAGCGAGCGCUAUACCGUGCCCGCCACUCCAGGCUAUAAUUUUGAAAAUCUUGACGCCAUCGGCAUGUCACCAGCCACACCAUACUUCCUCUCCAACCGGGCCAAGCUGGUUCAGCAAUCUUGCCCCCCGAAGCAGAGCAACCGCGGUCUGUUUGACUCAGUGGAUAGACCCACUUUCAGUCUUGAAGCAGAUGAUGAAGCAGAGACUAGACGUCAGCAGAGGGCCCGAAUGGAGGCGGCCCGGCGUAAAAGUCACUUCUAUCAACCCGCCAUACAAAGUCCACUACGGGAGUAA